AUGGAGUCGAUUCAACAACAACUUGAGCCUACGAGCUCCAAAAAGCGAAAACCACACGAAUCGAGAGAAUCGCGAGUAGCUGUACGUGUCCCAGCGAGACCAAAAGACUAUAUACCCGGGAAGGGACCAGAACUGCAGCGCAUAAGCUUGCUCCCACCACAAGACUCAACAGCUUAUAUACUCGAGAGAAUUAUACUGCCUUCGCCUGGGUUAGCUGCAGAUGGAAACCCUCUACCGAGACGAAUGACAUAUAUCGUGGCGUGGCAUGAUCUCCCUGCGGCGCAACUGCUAGUUCCUGCCAUGGACAUCUUGGAAUACGUCUCCCCGCGAGAGCUGGAGGAGUGGGAAUUCGCAAACACCGAGGAACAAAUGGACAAGGAGAUCGAGAAGGAACAGACCCAAACUGGCGAUGCGCCGAAACCCAGAAGACGUGGAAGACCACCUAAACACAGCAAGAUAGAAACUGCUGUUGUUGCGGUACCGGAUGAUGACGACAAUGCUGUACAAAGAGGGGCUAUGACGAUAGCUACGCCGACAAAGAACAGAUUAAAAGACUUUGAGGGGCUAUCAGAUGAAGAUGCGACUCCAGCGCAAUUGCAAUGGGAGACAACCGGCGAGUCAGCUGGGACUGAUGACCAAGGAUUAUAUGGUGGAGGAGAUUCAGAUGGCUUUGGAAGCACACGCGCUGGUGCGCAAACUGAUCAGUUGCGUGAUUCGGGAUCUCAGUACCAUGGAUCGAAACAAAACCACCCCCCUGUCAUAGAAAUCGAGUCUUCCUCUUCAGCGACCUCAUCACGACAAAGUACGCCGAAAGUAACAGCUAUCAAGUCGGCAUCCAAGGGGAAAAGGAGAGCAGAUAAGCCCAAGAAGAAGACAGCGAUGAAUGGCGCAUUGAACGGCUUGCAAGCUACAGAGUCAACUUCGGAAUCAGUUUGGUCGCCACAAGAGACAGUUACGUACUCGAAUUCAGGCGUUGAGACACCUGAUCCUGAACCAAGCGCUGUGACGGCAAGACUCAUUGGGGAAGCUGCCUCAAUGCAGAAGAAGAAGUCCAAAAAUCCAAAAUCUGAGAAGCAUUCAAAGUCGGAGUCGAGGCCGUCAAAGGUCGCACAGCCACCUCAGCAAGAUCCUGUGCAGAGUACAGAGCAUCCAGAAGAGCCAGAAGAGCCAGAAGAGCCAGACUGGGAAGUCAAGCGCAUCGAGGGCAUGGAAAUGUACGAAGCCGAAGGAGGAGAUAUUGUGCGCUACUUCAAAGUCCGCUGGGAGGGAGAUUGGCCUCCGGAUCAGAAUCCAACUUGGGAGCCUGAAAGUAAUCUUCCAGAUCAACUUGUCCGAAGGUAUCUCAAGAACCGUAAGAGGAAGCGCCCUGAAGCACAGAAACGCACUGGGGGCGAGAAACCAAAAAAGCCUGCUGCUGCUACACAAUCCCCUGUGGCGCCCACAUAUAAGUCUAGGAAGUCUAUGAAGCAGACCACGUUAUCAUGGGGUAUUCCAGCGAAGCAGUUCAGGAGCGUCGCCGAGGCCUUUGAAGGACUUGAAGAAGACGAGCUUUCCAUGCCACACUAUGACAAAGCACCUAUUCAAGAGCAAGAUGAAGAUCAAGACGAGCUUUUCAUCGUCGAGGAACCGCUUACCAAGAAGAGUCGGGUCUAG